AAGCAAAUAUUUUCUUGUCUAUGAUAGAAAAUAAAUUCAUUCAACGCAUAUUGCGUUCAAUACAGUUUUUUUUAUCCGUCGAGAAUGUAUAGAAAUCCGAUUAUAGGACUAUGCCACGAAGCGUGUUAUCGACGUUUGAAUACGUACAUCGGAAUACAAAAGUUUUGUGACUGCAAGCAAUAGAACGAGACGUCUGCAAUAUGUCGGACUAUUUGGAAAUAUUUUUAGAUUAAGCUUAGCUUAGUACUCGUGUAUAUAACUAAUUCAAAGGUUUAUUUUAGUAUAAUCGACAGUAUGCAAGAUAUUUGACAAUCAAUAAUCCGAGAUCGAUAAGAAGAAGAGCUGUGCGAGAUUGGAGAAGGUCUCGGCCGUAUGCUCGGCUCGCGUGUAGUAGGCGAUGCGCGUGAAGGCCGCCGCGACGGUCUGACAGCGCGCGAGCCUCCGCCGCGAGCGCGCGACUGACAACAUGGAGCAACUCGUGCAGUGCCCCGUGUGCACCCUCUUUCUCCACAAUGGCAUGUCCCUGGAGUCUCACCUCGACACCCACCCUAAAGACCAAGUUAUCAAAGCCCUGUGCAACCUAUCUGCUAACAAUGUCGGUUUUGGAAGCCGGACUUCCACACCCGCUCACUCGGAGCGCUCCUACAGGAGCAGGUCAAGGACUCCCGCGGAGGACAGCCCUCGGUGGAGUGGCCGCAGCAUCGACAAUGAGAGAUACUGGCGACGGACCCCCAGCAGGAGUUCCAAGACCCCUGUAUCCAGUAUUGCUAGAAAUGCAACACCAUCAGAUAUGCAAAUGGGCGACAUCAACUUUGAAAAUAAUUCCAAUAAUGCAACAUCUAGCCCUUACCCAGCUAUGUCAUUUAUGAAGCCUGACAAGUCUAGUCAGCCCUUCUUGCAGAAUGUUCCCGGGCCAGAGUUUGAUCCACAAUAUGUGUACUACCCGGACCAGCAGGAGGACAAGGAGAUCAAGUAUUCACGCAGUGCUGAGUACAGUGCCAUAGACAACACUAGCAAUGUGUUUACAUAUAACAUGCCAUCCGUGGCCCCGGCGCCUAAGCUACAGACGGCCCUGAUGUCUGCUGGCUCAGGCUCCCGCAGAAAUAAUGACCUUGUAAAGUUACUUCCUAAACCUAAUAAUAUACUUGUUAAGGCCAAUGUGGGAGGAGUGCAAUAUAUUACACCUGGAGUGAAGCCCAUGCACCUGGUAGUGCCCACUGCACCUACAUUUGUACAGAAGAGUGUUCAAAACAAUAUGAUUGUGUCAGGGAGUAUACCCACCAGCCAGAUCAUGGAGCCCAAGUCUGUAGCGCCACCACUAGCCAGCAGCACUAGUACAUUCAACCAUUUGUCAACGGGCACUUUUACUCCAGGCACUACAGUGGUCACCCAGAACUCACAGAUUAUCUACAGGGAAAUGGUACACAAUAUAGAUGGGAAACCUUUCAUUUCUAGCAUGCCCGCAGUGCUCAGUGGCCAUGACAAUGUGACUAAUGUAGCAGCCACUAGCUCUGUGUACCAGAAUGUCAUGGUUGUAGAUCAGUUUGGCAACACAUCUUGUAUGUACACCACUCCUCAGCAGAUUCUGUCCAAGCAAUGCAAUCCACCAGUGUAUAGCGAAGUGUCCAUGAGUAACCUAGAGAAAUCACUGUCCAAUCCUAGCAAUAUUAGUAAUGAAUCCAAUAAAACAUUGAUAAUUGAAGUGGGCCCCAUAGUGGGGCCGCCGGUAGAAGUGUGCACCACCAGCACUAACACAAGCACCUCGCAAGCUUCUCAGACGGUUUCAGACAUUGCCACCACACCGGGCCUAGAGAAACAAGUAGAAAGGAAUGACACACCUGGAUCUACUAAGGGACUAAAAAUUCUUAGCAAUAUUAAGGUGGAAGUACCAGUACAGCAUCACAAAAAUUUGCUCAAUACCAUUGUAGACCUCACAGGAACCCAGGAGCCUGAAUACUCUGAGCGAGCCGCCUCUCCAGAGCGGAUCCUGCCUGACUUUGAGGACAACCAUCACAGCCUGUCCGGGGACUGUCUGCAGCCCACCACUAGUAAUGAUAGCAUAGUUUCAAAUACAUUCUCUGUGAUAAAAAACGUCGGGAAUCCUCCCUCGUACAAAGACUCAGUUUCCAAGUCUUCUGUUGUAGAUAAUAAAAUUGAUAACGAAUUUUCUGAUAGCUGCCCCAUGCCCGAUCUCAUUUGCAACGAAAAGCCGUCGAUAUCGCCGUGCAGCGAGCUCUCAGAGAGCGGGGAUAACUCCACCGACAGAAUUUCUAUAUCGCCGAAGCCUGAAACGCCGCCAGCUCCCGUAGAACCGCCCAUAGAGACCACUAAACCACCUCUGAAGCCUUCCUUCAGGCACACACCUCUAAGACUGAACAAUAUCUUUGUGAAGAAGCAUAAAAAGAUUUUAGAAAUUAAGAAUUCCAAGAGUUUUACCGUGACGCCGUGCAGCAGUAAAGACCUGCAAGUGGGGCCGUCGUCGCCGGCGCGCCCGCCCGAGAACUUCACCAUGAAUAAAAUUCACAGCAUCGACAUGAGCGAAAAAGAAAGAGGCGAGACCUUGCAGACCAUCACUGUGGAAGUAUGCAACGACAACGACAGCCAGCACGAGUUCGACGCGGACACGGAGGAGCAGUCGAUGGACCUGGAGCCCGUGGCGUGUUCCAGCAUCCGCGACUCGAGCCAGCACUCGUCCGUGCAGGUGAAGGAGGAGAUCAACUCCAGCAACGAGGGCGGCUUCAGCAACGACCGCGGGCUCGCGCCGCUCGAAGCCAUGCGCCCCAUCAACGUGAUCGCGUACGGCGCCAUGGCCGAGUUCGACGACGAGUCCAAUCACAAGGAGUUGCUGGAGCUCGAGGCCUCCUCCAAGAACAAGCAGUUCGUGAGCAUGAUGAACGACAACUACUUCGGGGACAACAUCUACGCGGACUACUUCACGCCCGAGCGGGAGGCGUUCGAGGCGCGCGAGAAGGACGCGUACCUGUGGGGCUCCGGGCAGCGGGACGGCGAGUUCGUGCUGCCCACCUUCAUCCACGAGAGCUACAAGAUCGCGGACAGCGGCGCCGACUACGCGGAGCUGCGCGAGCGCGACGCCAAGCCGGCCGCCGUCGGCGACGAGCGCCGCGCCGCGCACGACAACCCCGACAUGGAGUCGCCCUGGACUGGGAUGUACCGCGAGGUGGCGGCCGAGGGCUACGACCUGCUGGCCCGAGAGAGCUGGCUGUCCGACGCCGAGGAUACACAGUCUGCAGAGAAGACGGAUUGUUUGGAGCCGGGUCGGAGUGCGGCGCGGGCGGUGACGUGCGCGCUGUGCCGCGCGGCGUUCGCGUCGCGCGCCGAGCUGCGCGCGCACCGGGCGCUGCUGCACGCGCAUGCGCACGCGCACGCCGCCGCCGCGAGCGCGCCGGGCGGCUCGCGCAGCGCCACCUACCGCCGCGCGCCCGCCAUCAAGCAGGAGGACAAGCCGGCGGUCGCGCCGCCCACGGAAACGGACACGCUUUUGCUACCGGACUCUAAGGAAGCCCUAACAUCGAGCAUCUUGUACCCGGGCGGGCUGGAGACCAAGCCCGUCAUCAUCAAGCAGGAGCCGCGGCGGCGCCGGAGGGACCACACCUGCCCCACCUGCAAGGUGGACCAGGGGUCGGAGGCGGCGUUCACGGCGCACCUGAAGCAGCACCCGCUGGAGUGCCUGCAGUGCGGCAAGUGCUUCUUCCGGCGCGCCAACCUCGCUCUGCAUCUCAAGACGCACCAGGGCAUCAAGAACUUCAAAUGCGAGGUGUGCGAGAAGCGUUUCCUGACGCGCCAGAAACUGCAAGAACACCACAACACCCACACGGGCCGCGCGCCCUACAAGUGCACUGUCUGCGACGAGACCUUCCGCCGCUACUCCAACAUGGUGCAGCACAGAGACCGGCACCACCUGCACAAGAAGCGGCUGGUGCGCGACUUCGUGUGCGCGUGCGGCGCGGUGUUCCACUCGCGCGCCAAGCUGCGCUGGCACGCGGAGACGCACGCCGCGCGGCCGCACUCGUGCCCCGCGUGCGGCGACAAGUUCCUGCACCGCGCCAGCCUCACGCGCCACGUGCGCCGCGCGCACGACCCCGCCUACACCGACGCGCGCCGCCCCGCCCAGCGGAACGUGCCCUGCCCCGUCUGCAAGCAGGUGUACCUGCGGUCGAACCUGCGCGCGCACCUGCUGACGCACUCGGGCAAGCGGCCGUACGUGUGCGUGGUGUGCUCGAAGGCGUUCACCACCAAGUGGAACCUGAAGCUGCACCGCUGGACGCACGCGUCGCGCUCCGCCAAGCCGUACAAGUGCACGCUCUGCAAGGGCGCCUUCAUCCGGCACUCGGAGUACGUGUCGCACAUGAACGCGCACAAGGCCGUGCGCCCCUACACCUGCAACUACUGCGGCUGCCAGUUCAUCCGCAAGUACAACUGCCAGCGGCACGUGCGCGAGCACGAGACCGCCAAGCGGUACGUGUGCAAGGUGGCCGAGUGCGGCAAGUCCUUCCACCGCUCCUACUACCUCGCCGAGCACAUGAAGGUGCACAGCGGCGCGCGCCCCUUCGCGUGCGGCGUCUGCGGCAAGCUCUCCGGCAACAAGUCCAACCACAACAAGCACGUGCGCAUACACCACGCGCGCGAGCCCGUCGCCAGCGAGGCCUAGGGGCCGAGCGAGC